AUGUCCUACCAAAAGUCUGUGCCUCUGCUUUUCGAAGAAAUGUGUGGUAAAGGCAUGAUGUGCCAAUGGCAAGUUUACACAAACAGACUUGCAAGUAGCGACGCGCAAAAUCUGGAGCUCAAGGAUGACUCAAGGAGAGGGAGCAACAAGCAAAGCUGGCACAAGUGUGGAAGGAAACCAGGUUAUCGUGGGAGGAGGGGUAGAGCACACGGCCACUGCCCCCCUUACAGCAAACAUGAUCGACCAGGUUGUCAGCCUCCAGGGACGGUGUCGCUGCGUCCUGUCAACAUUCAAGGCAACAGAGCACCAGGCAUGAGAGCCCCAAGAAACACAAAUCAAUUCCUAAUGCACGAGAAAUACCAGAUGAUGCAUAUGCGAUCCGAUUCCAUUGGUACAGACAGUGGGUCGGACUGCGAAAUGGACUUUGCGGACAUGGACUCUUAUCUCGGUGUGCUGGAAAACGCCAGAGGCGCUCUAAUGGACAGUCCUGAUCUAUCUCCGUCACCAUCUGCCCGAUUUUGUUCACGACAAUUGGCGAAGCACCAACAGUUUACAUUCUUCAGCUUCAGUGAGCUGCACCAAGAGGAGAGUAUGCAGUAUUUUCCUUCAGAAGACGAUGUCAUGCAAAGUGAGGAUUUCAUGCAAAAAGACUUCAAUGAGUUCUGCAGUGCAAUAGCCACAGUACCCCCUUACGCUGUUGCGUAAGGGACCACCAGCCUGCAGCAAAAUUGUUGUCAAGAGAGGUUGACAAGAAAACAUGGCUGUGUUUUUGUACAGACCAACAGGUAUACUUAAUGUAUUAUAGUAACAUGUCUGAUAAUCUGCUUUUGGCAAAUGUUACACGUGAUUAAUUUUUCUGUAUGCUAUUUUGCAACGGAGAACGAAAGGGUGGAGUAGGAGUUCGCCGUAACAGCCAAUCAUGCUCGGGCUCGCGAAAUUAUUGACUUCAGUCAUAAUACGCCAUUGCCUAGUGCUGUCAUUGUAAAUACUGUACAGGAUUUUUGAAAAUAAAUAUCAUAUAAACUGGUUA